AUGCCUAACUUCACUGAAAUACGGGACCAAAGACCCUCCCACCUUUCCAACAUUCUCGGCGUGGCGCCUGAUUUUAAGAAUAAUUGUGUUGGCUUCGCAACAACGAAAGGUAGACGCUGUGCACUACCCGCCAGUAACAUUCGCGGUCGCGCUCAAGCGAGUCGCCUUCUAGACGAAGGAACCAUUCUCUUGGAAUCUGGCAAUGAGAAUAUUGACGAAAUUUUGGAAGAGCUGGCGCCUUUGCUUUUGUGUAGGCAGGCGCAUCAGAACCAGGCAGGGCAGUUGGUAUACGAGUGGUCUAGGAAGGUUGAGAAGUUUAAUGAAAGGAGACGUGCUUCGGCGGGUUUUCUUUUACGUUCGCCGUCUCCUCCUCUUUAUCAUGACAGUGAGAGAGCGCGGCGAUAUGUUGCCCUGGCGCAAAACGCGGGUAGGGCUUCACCUCAACGACAGGCUUCGCGAACAAAUAUUGAUGAGACGGCUUCAAUCGAACGAGAUGAUAAUUCAAGGUCAAUAAGAAUAAGGCCCGCACCCUCUCGAUUCAGCGAUUCCGAGCAGGUCAAUAUACCAUCAAAUGUAGCUCUUGCGAAUGCAGAGAAGAUGGACCAACCUAGGAACCACACACCAAUCAUGCCCUUGGUUUCUACAACGCGUUGGACACCCUCUGAAAUCAACCUACAGACACAUCAUGCACGACUUGCGGAAGAACUUUAUGGAUUUGGACUUGAGGAUUCAGGACUACAUAUAUAUUCAUCGUCAUCGGUAGGAACCAGUUACGUUUCUCAUGAUUUACCAAGACGAGUCGACCGCGAUGAGCCAAGGACAUUGAGGCCUGAAUCGAGCAACCGUAUUCCUGUCCCACAAACGAUAUUCAGGACUCCGAGGAUUACAAUCAGCGAGUCUACUCAUCGACAACCGACUGCCGCACCACCAAGACCGGCCCAAGCUAUAUCCGAAGCAGAGACGAGUACCAUAUCACGGGAGUCUACCAGACCGGUACAAAAUCCAGCCAGGCGGGAAGCUUCACGAAGUGAAGAGAUUACUCGAAGAGAUGUGGAGGGACAAUGUAGCAUCUGCUUCCUACCAUUACAGGAAGACGAAUCAAACUUGGAGAAUCGAUAUGCAUCGGAAGAUUCCGAUGACUUCUCCGGGCAAGAUGAAGAAGGAUCCGCGGGGUCGCAUGACGUUCAAGACGGACACGAAGACCUGGUGUGGUGUAGAGGACGAUGCGGUAACAAUUUUCAUAGAGAAUGUAUGAACUCGUGGAUCGAAACAUUUGAGAAUAGCGAGCGUGAGCCGACUUGUCCGAUUUGUCGGGCCGAAUGGGUGGUGGAACAGUGA